UUUCAAGGAUCAAAGUCGGAUUGUUUUGGUUGAUGCACAUUGCACACAUUUCUUCCGGAAGUCAUCUUCAAAUAUGCAUUAAAUACACACUUACAGCGGUAAUAGCCGAAGAAUAACCGUUUGAACUACUUACCAGUGUUAUCACACCGGCUGCACAUAGGUUUAGGACAUUACAGUCGCUAGUAAUGAAGCUAAAAGAGUUAGAGAGUUGUUUACAGCAAGUGGACACGUUUGAAGAGCCAAAAAUCCUUCUUGAGCAAUACCCGACCAGUCCCCAUAUAGCUGCAUGCAUGCUGUAUACGAUCCAGAGCACGUUUGAUGACAUUGAGGGUAAACUAGUGGCAGAUCUGGGAUGUGGCUGUGGAGUCCUCAGCAUUGGGGCUGCGAUGCUGAACGCAGGUUUGUGCGUCGGCUUCGACAUUGACAACGACGCACUGGACAUAUUCAGGAGAAACGCAGAGGAAUUUGAAAUUUCUAACGUGGAUUUGGUCCAAUGUGACCUGUGUUCUCUGGGGGCUGAUGCUUAUGCCAAAAAGUUUGACACUGUAAUAAUGAAUCCACCAUUUGGGACAAAACACAACCAGGGUAUGGACAUGAAGUUCUUAUGGGCCGCUUUAACGAUGGCAAAGACAGCAGUGUAUUCACUCCAUAAGACAUCAACACGAGUGCACAUUCAAAAGAAGGCCAAUGACUGGGGAAUGAAGAUGGAAGUAAUAGCAGAACUAAGAUACGACUUACCAGCAUCUUACAAGUUCCACAAAAAGAAAUCGGUCGACAUCCAGGUGGACUUCAUACGAUUCUCCAAAGCCUGAAACUCACUGGAAUGGAUUUUUGUUGCCUCUGCAUUUUCAAUGUUAAUAAUAAAUCUUUUCACAAAA